CACAAGGAGAAUUUGAUUUUGAUGGAAAUAUAUCACUACUUCUCCUCUAGCUGUCGCCAAUUUGGGUCGUUAUCAGAGUUGAAAGGUGAUGAGAAUGAGGCAGGUGGAGCACUUGCAACUGUUCUAGGAGUCCUGAAAAGCAUUCAUGAAAAAUUCUUUGAUCCUGAACAUGGAGAUGACUUUGCUGCAAGGGAUGUGAGACAGGUAUUGAAACAAAUACGGAAGGAGGUUCUCAAAGAUUGUAAGAUAGUAUUCAGUAGAGUUUUUUCAACAAAAUACCAAGCUGCAAACCACCAUCUGUGGAAGAUGGCUGAACAGUUAGGAGCAAAGUGCUCCAUUGAAGUUGAUUCCUCCGUUACACAUGUUGUGUCAACUGAUGCUGGUACAGAUAAGUCGCGUUGGGCACUUCAGCAUGGCAAAUUUUUAGUCCAUCCAAGGUGGCUUGAAGCUGCAAACUAUAUGUGGAAUAGAAAAUCAGAAGAUGAGUUUCCGGUUAGUCUAACAAAGAGCAAAUGACUUUUGUAGCUGUUUUUGUAGGACUUGAGGUCGUAUAAUAUGUGGUGUACAUGUAAUAGGUUUUGCUGGCUGACAUAGGAUUUCCUACCUCUUUUGAAUUUUGUUGGGAGAUGUGGAGGAAUCAUCCAUACAGUGAUACGGGUAUUUAUGAAGAUCUCUAUACGUUGACAAAUUAGGAUUUACUUAUUGUAGGCGUCAAAUGAAGCUUGCGUACCUAAGUAUGUGGUGAAUAUGUAUGGCAAUCAUAGAAAGUAAGAUUUGACAUUAUACGAUAAGGAAAAAAAAAAGUAGGGAGUAUCUAAUAAGUUUGUAAGGAGCUUGUAAACUGUUCAUGAAUCAUUAAAGACAAUCACGAAAGGAACAAAAUCGAAAGGUAACAUUGAUUUGAUCCAA